UUCCACAUUGUUUAGUUUGUCUGUGGUACAAUUUGGAAGUUCAAAAUAUCGUUUACAGUAGAUGCUUUGUACUACAAAUUGAUUUUCCUGCCUGCUGUAGUCGCUGUACAAUAUAAUGUAUUAAUAAAUAUAAUUUUAAGAGUUACUGUGAAGACAAAACUUUCAAUAUGACCGUCGACAACGAAUAUCCAAAGGCGUCGAAUGCCACCCUAAUUGGGGCAACAAUCAGUUAUGUUGCCGGCUUGUUCCUGCUGUUCUCGUUUGCGAGCCCGUAUUGGAUUGAGUCAUAUCCGGAGAUGUUUGAUUCCUUCAAGCGAAUGGGCUUGUGGGAGUAUUGUUUUGAUCGCUUCCGUCUGCCACAGUACCAACUGGACAAACUCUUCAUGGGCUGUCACUACAUUUUUAGCCAGGAGUACUAUGUGAUCCGUGAGUACCUGCUGCCCAGCUGGCUCAUGGCCGUGCAAGCAUUUGUCACAUUGGCACUCAUAUUCUCACUCAGCGCACAAGUCCUACUGGCCUGUGUCAUUGUGCGCUGGCCUCUACGCACAGUGCUACAAUAUGAAUGGAUUUUUGUCUCACUCUCAUUUCUCUUUAUUGCUGCAUCAAGUGUGUUCUUGUUCUUGGCAGUAUCAGUGUUUGGAGGAAACUGUUACCGCCGGGACUGGCUGAUGUACCCCUCAUUCCAUGUUGUCUCAUGGUCAUAUGCCUUUGCUGUAGUUGCACUUGUAUUUUUCGGCGUGGCGGCGGUUCUGCUGUACAUGGAGUCGAAAAAGCUGUACGAGCUGCGACUGGAGGCGCGCAACCUCGUGGCGCAGAUGCAGCACAGCCAGCCCGAGCACGCGCUGCACCAGCUGCGCGACCAGCUGCAGCACCAGCGACAGAUCGGCUGGAAUAACUAGCUCUGCAUGUGAA